AAUCCGACAAAAACUGACGCCGGUCGAUCUUCUGUAGAUGAUCAGAUUGGUACGAGAAAUUCGAGGAGAGUUAAUUCUCCACGUCCUCCUUGAUAUUGUCGAUCGUUCCGGGUGAUAUUCAGCAGUGAUCGACGCAGUUAAACGUCAAUACGCAAUUUACGCUUCGCGUUUGUUGUCCUAAUAAUUAAUUUCCUCCAAGUACCAUGUUCUCUGUUGAGGGAUGUAAAACGAUGCACACCGAACUCUUCGACAAUCGACAACCUUAAUGAAAACGCAUUAAUGCGUGUAAUGUAUUCCGACCUUCCGUGAGAAAACCCUCUCCUAACAAAGACGUCGCUCUUACGAGCACGUGUGGGAGUGUGUGGCAUCCCGCGAAGAGAAUCCAAUAACGCAAGUCGGAAUUACUCCUCGCAUAUUUCCACUUUGACCUUUGACUCGGGCCGAUAUUUAUGCGCGGUCGCGGAAAAUGGGGCGUGUCUUGAUAUCUCGUAGACUCUGGUGAGUCGCGACGAUGAUAAAUCGCGAGUAUCGCGACAGAUGCUGAUGAAUACGCGGUAUAUCGUGCGCGAAGCGGAUUUCGUGGCGAGAUUUCUUGGCGCCGGAUCAGCGGAAGCGAAUACUCGCAACCUGCCAUCGUCGUAAAGAAAUUUUUACAAACUCGUUGGACCUCUGCCCGAAAUUCCGUCAUGGAGUCGCUUUUGGAGCAGAUUACGUUUCUACUUUCCGCUCUCGCAUGCGCCGAGGAAAACUGGGUGAACUGGUCAUCAGCAAAGCGCACGAGCGCGAGAAAACGGUGUUCCCGAUAAACUGCGCUCGCCAAGUAUCCCAACAUUCGGACUCACCUGCAUCUUGCACCUGGCGCAGCUGGCGCAUCGGAAGCAUUAGACUUAAAGCUUGAUCAGAAAGAGAACGAGCACAGCUGUUUGGAACAACCAGUGGCCCAAACGAGUUUAGAGAUGGGUUGUUGUGGUUGUGCGGAUGAGGCUUCUAAGGUGGAACCAACGACACCUGAGAGUCAUGGUUCACCGACGAAUUAUUCAGAUAAGAUCUUUGUCGAGAAUCGAUCAUGUACCGAUAUUCUGGCUCUAAUUGUCCUACUUAUUCUCGCGGGUGGUUUUGCCUUUAUGAUGACGAACGUAGCGAAAAAGGGUGACAUUUACCGUGUGAUAAACGGAUACGAUGAUUGGGGAAAUGUUUGCGGUCGUGUAACCUCGAAGGAAAUUGAUCCGAAAUUCCCUGGUAAAGGCGGUGACUACACUCGGAAACGGUAUCUCGAAAUCGACAUCGAUUCCACAGGAGUAAAGAAACGCACAUGCGUUGCAAACUGCACUUCAACGCUAGAGGAACCCAAAACGUUAUUCCUGAACCGUUGCUUGCACAAGAAGGUGACCGAUACCAUCAACUCGAUAAUAAGGACUCUUCGCUUGGAUAGUUUUUAUAAUAACGCAGUCACUGAUCUAGGAAUUGCAUGGCGCGAAUUAGUUUAUCUUUUACUUAUAGCUUUGGCACUUUCUCUCGCUAUCCUGGUGGCUUUCCGUUAUAUGGUACAAUACGUCAUCUAUAUCGUAUUGAUCGGCGCAGUUUUGGCUUGCAUCGGUGGCACAACGUAUCUCUGGUUGGCAUGGUAUCAAGAGAAGAAGAGUCUGGAUGAAAAAAACAUUGAUCCAGAGGAUUCUAGCCUGCAGCCUUAUUUUAUCUACUCUAUUAUUAUGUCGAUUGUUACUGUUAUCGUACUUCUGGUCAUUCUGGUGAUGAGAACGAGAAUUGAGUUGGUCAUGCAGCUUUUCCGGGAGGCGGGUAAAGCCGUAUGCGCGAUGCCAGCGUUGUUGUUUCAACCAAUUUAUACGUAUCUGCUCAUCGGAUUCACGAUGAUGGCGUGGAUCUACUGUAUGCUAUGGAUCGAGAGCGCCGGUGAUAUUUAUUUGAAUCGCAAGAAGCAUGUACAUUUUAAGAAGGAUGCAUUACUCAUUGCAACGAGAUGGUACAAUCUGUUUCUAUUUUUUGUGGCAUAUGAAUUUUACAUGGGCUGUCAACAUAUGGUCGUCGCUUGCGCCGUUGCUCGAUGGUUUUUUACAAGGGACAAGAGACAUCUUUCCUUACCGGUAGUAAAGGGCUUUGGAUAUCUUAUAAGAUACCACCUGGGUACCGUUGCUUUUGGAGCUUUAAUAAUAGGUGUUGUUCGACUGAUUAGAGCCAUAAUUUCCUUCGUUCAAAAUCAUCUGAAACGUUAUGACAACGCUUUUGUACAAGGAAUUCUAUGGUGUUGUCAAUGUUGUUUUUGGUGUUUCGAAUGUGCUCUAAAAUUUCUCACUAGGAAUGCAUACAUCGAAACAGCCAUAUACGGAUGCAAUUUCUGCACAGGCGGAAGGAAGGCAUUUCAAGCUUUGUCCAGUAAUAUUUUACGAGUAGCGGCGAUUAAUAGUGUCGGUGACUUUGUCUUAUUCCUGGGUAAAGUCUUUGUCGUUACUCUUACAGUUAUCGCAGGAGUUUAUUUGAUCCAGAAGAAGGAUGGGCUUCAUCAUCCUUGGAUACCAAUCACUCUCGCAGGGAUAUUCGCAUUCCUAGUCGCACAUUGCUUCAUAUCUAUUUAUGAGAUGAUUAUUGACACGAUAUUUUUAUGCUUUUGCGAGGAUUGCGAAAAAAACGACGGUAUAAGUCGACCUUAUUUCAUGAGCCGCGGUUUAAUGGAAUUCGUGGAGAACAGUAAGAAAGCUUUGAGGCAAAUAGAACAGCGAGGAUCCGGGGCUGCGUAACAGGAAUUAUUAAACAGAAUGUUUUAAAUUGAAUGCUUCUCUUGAAAGAAUGCAUUGUUGAUUAUUUUAAACACUCAAUGUCCGAAUACAAGUUGAAUGGCAUGGAAUGAAAAUGGAGUAAAAUGACAUUGAAUGUUCUAAUGAUCUUGUCGGUAGAUGAUUGCAAUGUCGCGUGAGACGAGGAAGUAAAGUUUUCUUUCGUACAUGCACAAGCUGUCUUCUCUUAGGCCCAAUUCCACAACUCACUUUAACGGAGGAUUUACAUUGCAUCCAAUGUCCGAUAUAUGAUUGGAUACAAUGGGCUUUGGACGCAAUGUAAAUUGUCUUUUAACGAGCUAAACUUUGGUUAGAAUAAGUUGUGAAACUGGGCCUUAAUCCACAGCAGUUACCGAAGUCGUUCCAUACCAACGAAACGUUGCACACAAACGAUCGUUUCGACGAUCGAUUCAACGGACUGAUUACAUUAUAAAAAAAGUUAUGUGAAUUAUUCUAUAUAUUUUUUCGAAGUUCCUAUUUCUAAAAAUAUUUUUUAUAUGAUAUAAGAAAGCGUAUUUCUACACUAAGAAAUAAAAUUGUUAACGUGACUAAAUCAUUCGACUAAAUCAU